AUGGCUUCCCGUCCUACCGUAUCCAUCUUGUCCGCUGAUGGCACUGCCAGCGGUGCAAGCCACCCGCUUCCAAAGGUCUUCAACUCGCCCAUCCGCCCGGAUAUCGUCCAGACUGUCCACACCGGAAUGGCCAAGAACAAGAGACAACCAUACGCCGUGAGCGAGAAGGCUGGUCACCAAACCUCUGCUGAGUCUUGGGGAACUGGUCGCGCUGUUGCCCGUAUUCCCCGUGUCUCUGGAGGAGGAACCCACCGUGCCGGACAAGCUGCUUUCGGUAACAUGUGCAGAUCUGGUCGUAUGUUCGCACCUACCAAGGUCUGGAGAAAGUGGCACCAAAAGAUCAACCUCGGUCAAAAGCGAUACGCUGUUGCCUCCGCCUUGGCUGCUUCUUCCGUCCCAGCUCUCCUCAUGGCCCGUGGUCACCAGGUCUCCACCGUCCCAGAGGUUCCUCUCGUCAUCAACUCCGAGGUCUUCGCUGGUGGUGCCAUCGCCCGCACAUCUUCUGCCGCUAGAUUACUGAAGUCUGUCGGUGCCCUCGCAGAUGUCGAGAAGGUCAAGGCUUCCCGCAAGCUCCGCUCUGGUAAGGGUAAGCUUCGUGGACGCCGCCACAGACAACGUCGUGGACCUCUCGUUAUCUACGACCCUGAGGUUGAUGGAAAGGAGCUCUCCCUUGCUUUCCGCAACAUCUCCGGCGUUGAGACCUCAUCCGUCUUCGCGCUCAACCUCCUCCAACUCGCACCAGGUGGCCACCUCGGACGCUUCAUCAUCUGGACUUCCGCCGCCUUCAAGGCCCUCGAUAACAUCUACGGCUCCAUGACCAUCCCCUCGGACCUCAAGAAGGACUUCCUGCUCCCAUCCCCCGUCGUCUUUCAACCUGAUAUCAGCCGUCUGAUCAACUCCUCCGAACUGCAAUCCGUGAUCCGUGCUGCCAUCGGUCAAGCUCGCACCAAGCGCGCUGGUGUCCAGAAGAAGAACCCGCUGCGCAACAAGCAGGUCCUUCUCCGCUUGAACCCAUACGCCUCUGCCUACAGCAAGAACAAGAUCGGCACCAAGGGCUUGAAUGCUGGGAAGCCAACACGCGCCAAGAAGACUUCUUUCGCUGGUGUCCUGAAGGAGGAUUAG